AGACAAACGCGGCCAACGAUGAUGGUGCACCUGACGGGCCGCCGGCUCUGGGGGCUGCUGGUGCCGACGACGAUCCUCGUCAUCAGUCAGUGCAUCGCGCGCGUUGACAGCUGGGUGCCAGAUGUCCAGAGCAAGCUACGCAUCCCAUACGAUGCGACAGUGCCGUCAUUUUUCGGCAACAACAGCGACCACUUCAAGCUGCUGGAUCAGAACGAGAACACGCUGCUGAUCGGGGCGCGGAACGCGGUGUACAACAUUUCGAUCGACCACCUGGUGGAGAUCAGCGGGCAGCGCAUCUCCUGGCCAUCGUCGGACGCACACCGCGAGCUGUGCACGCUGAAGGGCAAGCAGGAGCCCGACUGUCAGAACUACAUCCGGGUGUUUGCACGCGUCGGCGGCAACCGGAUCAUGAUCUGUGGCACGAACUCGUACAAGCCGCUCUGCCGGUACUACAACGUGCUGCCCGGCAACGGGACGGUCGUGUUCGACAACAACGAGCUGGAGGCGCAGGGACGCUGCCCGUACAACCCGCAGCACAACAGCACCUACGUGUACACGGGCGACGGUCAGCUGUACUCGGCGACGGUGGCCGACUUUUCCGGCGCCGAUGCGCUGAUCUACCGCGAAACGCAGCGCACCGAACAGUACGACAGCAAGCAGCUGAAUCAGCCGGCGUUCGUGAACGCGAUCGAGUACGGCGGCUACGUGAUGUUCUUCUUCCGCGAGGUCGCGAUCGAGUACAUGAACUGCGGCAAGGCAAUCUACUCGCGCGUGGCGCGCGUCUGCAAGAACGACAAGGGGGGACCGUACCCCUUCCAGGACCGGUGGACCUCGUACCUGAAGGCGCGCCUCAAUUGUUCCAUCCCGGGCGAGUACCCGUUCUACUUCGAUGAGAUCCAGGCAACGACGGGCGCAAUCAGUGGACUGUACGGGGGCGAGCGGAACAAGAUCAUCUACGCGAUCAUGACGACACCGGAGAACGCGAUCGGCGGGUCGGCCGUGUGCGCCUUCUCCAUCCGGGACAUUCUGGACGCGUUCGAGGGACCAUUCAAAGCGCAACGGGAUAUGCACUCCAACUGGCUGCAGGUUCCGCCGGCCGCGGUGCCCGAACCGCGGCCCGGCAAGUGUGUCGACGAUAGCCGCACACUCCCGAAGGCUUCGGUGAACUUCGUCAAGACCAACAACCUGAUGGACAGUGCGGUGCGAUCGCUACACUCGAGGCCCGUCUUUACGCGCGUCAGCUUGUACUAUCGGCUGACGGCGAUCGCUGUCGAUACGCAGGUGAAAGCGCUCGACGGCCACCGGUACGAUGUGAUCUUCGUUGGCACGAACGACGGCAAGGUGAUCAAGUUCGUGAACAUCCUGUCGGCGAACAGCUCGGAGGACGUGCGGACGGUGGUGAUCAGCGAAACGCAAGCGUUCCCACCCGGCACCAAGAUCAACGAGUUGACCAUCUCGAAGCGCAACGCGGUCCUGGUGGUGCUCAGUGCGGGCAAGAUCGUUUCGCUGCCACUGCACACGUGCCACGAGCAUGGGUUCAAGACGUGCCGCAAGUGUUUGGAUCUUCAGGACCCGUACUGCGCGUGGGACGACGUGAACCGGGAGUGCAAGACGAUCGACGAGGUGCACGCGUCGGGAGCGCCCAUCGAUCAGUUCUACCAGCGGCUGGACGGGGAGCGCAUCGGUGAGAUCUGCCGGAAGUACGACCACCAGGAGCCGACGGUGCACGCGUACGAGGACAACGACAUCUACACGCGGAUCGAUGGGUCGGGUGCGGUCGAGAAGCCGGACAAAACGUACGACCAGCGGAACGUGCUGAUCGUGCACUCGAACCACGGCACGGUGGCGUCCGUCGGGCCGGAGGACAUCGACAACGAGAUAUCGAUGUCGUCGAUCGAAAGUGACGAUCUGACGAACCGGAUCGUCAACACGCACCAGUACCACAGCAAGACGGAUACGUUCGUGAAAGAGAACGUGCAGAUAGCCUCGAUCAACUGGGCGAUCUAUUUGGUGGCCGCCUUUAUCAUACUGGUGAUCGGCAUACUGGUCGGCUGUAUGCUUACCCGGCAUAGUAUCACAAAAAAGUCUCUCCCCGUAGGCGAGCGGCAGCGCAAUCAGCUGAAUAGGCUCAACGAGAAGAGCAUAGGUGUGCUGUCCCAGAGUCGCACCAGCGGUAAGGACGUCAAUCUGCUGAUGAACACCACGAACCAGUACCACACGCAGCAGCAAGCGAUCGUGCAGCAGCUCCAGCAGCACCAUCAGAACAACUGCAAGGACAACAUCGACUUCGACUACAAGGAUCGGAGCGUGGAGUGCAAAAACUCGACCGAAAACCUCGAGAAGGACAUCAGCAAAGGGAUGGGCACACUGCAGAAGACGCAGACGCGCCACUUGAAGACGUUUAAGCCGUAGAAAAUGGCCACCAUCGAAACCGAACGAAUCGUCCCUCCGAAAAGGAGAUACCAAUUGUUGUUGCCAUUUCCCGGUCCCAUUGUUCCGCACGGACUGGCUUAGGGAAGCCGGAACGGCAGUGUGUAGUGUGAAAGAAAGGGGAAACAGAGAUCACCGGCGAAGGAGAGAAGAGGAGGAGUGGGUGGUACAUCAACACGACAGGGACACGACACAUCGCCCCCAAUAACCGAUGAAAGACGAGAGGAAGAUGAUGAAGAAAGAAAACCCUACACAACGAACCACGAUACGAUCGAUAGGGAAACAAUGUGUACACGGUUAGUGACACGAGAGUGAGACUGUGUGCCUAGCACAAACCUUACGGUGGCCUGCCCUAGAUAUUUUCCGAUCAAGAAGCCACGUUCGAUCGGCACUGACCCCUGUUACGGUGGUAGGGCAAUCAGUGACAGAGAGCAAUCGGACACGCCUUAGAAUGUGACGCCGAACGGCAGGACGACCGCCUGAGCUCGACCAGAAGUGGCCUUAAGGAACGACGGAGAUACGAUUCGAUUAGAGUGCGGUUGCAAACGAAACAGAUGAUCGCUCGUUCGGUCGUUGAUCAAUGAUAGUUAAAUAGGAUGCACCACGAUCAUCCGAGCGGCGAGAAUAGGGACCGGGGCCGGCUAAUUCUUCCUCGCCGUGUCCGUCGUAAAUUUAUGCGUUCCAAUCAAAACGCGAGCCGAGCUCGUACGUAGGGUAAUGAAUUAAGUGUAACUGCAAAAAAAACGGAACACCUCGAGGACGGAGAGGAUCUCGUUGUAGCGUUGUUAAAAAUCGAAACACACGAAACGUUCAAAUGAGCUUCCAACCGUGAGCGACCACGUAUUAGAAGCAAUCAUCGAAUUGAUCUUUUAUUUUUCAUUACAUUAAUGACAUUCAUUCACGAUGAUGAGUGACAGAAGUAGAGGAUAUUGUACAUAGGGAAACAAAAGAGAAAGAGAGAGGUAGUGAGUGAGAGAUCGCGAAACGGGGAGUUUUAGCUAAAUAUUUUGAAAUUUUUUCUCUUUCCCCGUGACAUUCGCUGACGAACUCGCUAGGCUAGGAACUAGGAACUUAGAUCUAAUGUAGGUAUACAAUCGUUAGCCUUACGCCCAUAAGAAAUGAAGCAUCGGAAAGGGGCCGGCAAACGCCCAAGAAUCUCCUGUCGAACAAAACACGGUCGCCGUCCACAAACCGACCAAUACUCACUCUCGACCGUGUGCUUUGGAUAACGAAGCAAGCGCCAACCAACCGCAACUUUUUUAAUGAUUUGACAUUUUAAACGGAAAAGUUCAGUUAUAUACGUGUAGUAUCCCACCUUGUUUGCUGAUCGUUUGACUACGAUCGAGGUCCAAUACGCCGCCAACGACUCAGAAUAGUGUUAUAACGGUAUUAAUUUGAGUUUUUUUAAUGACCGCCAACCACCGAUGAUAUAUUGUGCUAUAGAGUGUAGAGACCCCGACCCUAAAAAUGCAGCUACUGAAAGAACCCGGAACUUAUCGAACAAAAUGGAGCAAUAUUAUCAGUGCCCCAGCGUCGUCUGGGGCGCAGUUUUUUUUAAGCUUAUGCGAGAAACGAGGCAAAACAUGUGAUAAAAAUGAGUAUUUAAUUAUUUUGCGAUUUUAUUUCUUUUAUCCCGCCAGGGGAGCUCGAGGGACGAACGGAUGCGCCCCCCGUGGCAGAGGGUGCGCGUCCGGUUUGCUGUAUUUUUAUUUUGUUUGCUAUUUUAACUUUACUCUAGCGUAAGCGUAGCCUAGUAGAGCCAGAUCGCGAAUGGAAUUAGGGUUAGAAGAGGGAAGGACAGAUCGAUCCGACAAACUGGCAUCGACCUUGGCCUUUUCAGCGAGGUAAAUAAGUUAGCUGUUGUGCCUGAAAAAAAAAACAAUAAAAA